AUGUGCGAGUGCCUUUUGAAUUUUGUCAGCGCUUUUGAUAAAAGCUCAGAUGAAGGCCAGUCUGUAAUAGAGAACGGGGGCCAAAACGAACCAGAUGAGGGGACAGUUAACGGGUCAGUAGUACAACAUGGUCCAGUGGCUGAAACGCCAACAGAUGAGGGACCAGCAGACGAGGCGUCAUCAGACGAGGAACCGGUGAAGACUGAGCCUAAACGUCGCCACCGCCACCGUGUCCCUCACUCAGAACCAUGUAAAAGGGACUGUUCCUGUGAAGACAUCAAGCCUGCGCCUGUCAGGAAGCCCUCCAGAGCAAAGAGCCAGCCCCCAGCCAUCACUACAGAGAAGGAGAACAGACAACUUUCGUCACGGCUCGACUGUGCAGAGAGACACGCGUCAUCUGCUAGGAGGUCUACAAAUGAGAGUCGCACAUCCGACGCAUGCGUCCAGACCAGACGGGAGUCGGAUAAACGCUGUUGGAACGUGGACCGCAGGAGGGCACGGUCCGCCGACCUGGAGAAGAUACGGCGGUCGGAGUUGGCCGUGGUGGAUGACCGUUGGAUGACCGAGUACAUGCGCUGCUUCUCUGCCCGGUUGAGGUAG